AUGUGGAUGCGCUCGUGCUUCCUUCAUCGUCUUGUUGCCUCCUCUGUGAAAAUCUCUGAAGCGGCAGGAGGGGUUAUCAAGGACAUUCUCUGCGAUGGUGAUUUGAAGAUUAUCGACAAGGGAGGAAGCGGGAAAACGGCCGAUUUACAGACAGAAGCUGAUCGAGCUGCCCAAUAUUGCAUUGUGAAAUCGUUACACGCCGUCUUUGGAGAUAAAAUCACCAUCAUUGGCGAAGAGGAAACCACUUCAUUCACACCGCGAAUAGAGAAAGGAUUUUGCUCCAAAGUUCUCUCGCUUAAUGAUAAAUGUCCAGAAAAUUUGCGAGACAUUAACCCGGAAGACGUGGUAAUUUGGGUCGACCCUCUUGAUGGAACAGUGGAAAUUGCUAAUGCUGCAAAGAAAAGCGCAGCUGUCUUGGCUCAGGUGACAGUUCUCAUUGGGAUCGCGUAUCGUGGUCGCCCGAUCGCUGGUGUCAUUCAUCAGCCAUAUUAUGAGGGUCGUGAAAAUGGUCGAACUGUGUGGGCGAUCAAUGGAGUUGGCACGUAUGGAAUGGAUUAUGUGAAAGAAGACAACAAGGAGCAAAAGAUUGUGGUGACGACACGAAGCCAUGGGACAAGUUCGGUGGAUGCUGCACUUGAUGCGCUAAACAAGAAAGGCCUUGCUGAUACUGUGGUUCGUGUGGGUGGAGCAGGUUAUAAAGUGAUGCGUAUAUUGGAGGGAGCGGCCGCUUAUGUGUUUGCAAGUCAAGGUUGCAAAAAGUGGGACACCGCUGCUUGCGAGGCUGUGAUUGAGGGAACAGGCGGUCGUUUGACAGACAUCAGUGGGCGCCUCUUGAACUACGAGAAAGGCGUUCAACUGAACAACACCGGUGGAGUUCUCGUCACUGCUUGCUGGGUGGAUCAUCAGGAUUACCUCAACAGCAUCCCUGAUGCGUUGAAGGAAGCUUUGCCAGAAUUUCAAGCCAAAAAU